UUCCUUCCAGAAUAUUCUCUGUAAAAUCCAAAAUCAGCACCCACCAGUCCUCAGAUGCACAGCAACAAAUAGAGAGUGUGUGACUUGUGAAUUUGAGCCACCAUUUAAGACUAUAACACAUGCGUGAUCAAUAAGCCAUUCCUUCAGUGCCACAUUCUUCAUUAACCCUAGAUCUUCCUCUUCAAGCUCCUCCUUUUGCGUCACCCCAACUCAACCACCCUCUCACUUUCAAUCUAACAUUCACUCUUUUCAAACCCAGAUCUAUUCAAUUCAACAAUUUUUACCUUAACGCUCUUGUAGAUUUCAACGCCAAAACCAUUUCAUAUUAUCCAUUCUUUUCACUCUUUCUUGGCUUGAAUCAUUUCUGGGUGAUCUUGUUUCUUAACAAGUUUGCUGUUUUUUUUUUCUUUUUUGCUUUAAUUGUUUUGAAUUCCGCGUUUCAUUUAGUGGGGUCUUCUUGAAUUGCGCUGUUAUUUUUCUUUAUAUUACACACUCGUUGGUUCCUUAUCUAGAUCUAAUUGUUUUGCGGUAUGCUUUAUAUGUAGUAUAUUCUUUGUAGUGAAUUCUCAUGGCAAUGCCAUCGGGAAAUGUGGUAAUACCAGACAAAAUGCAGUUUUCAAAUGGUGGAGGUGGUGCCGGUACCGGUGUUGGCGGUGAGAUUCAACAGCACCAUUACCGCCAGCAAUGGAUUGUUGAUGAGAGGGAUGGGCUUAUUGGCUGGCUGCGAAGCGAAUUCGCUGCUGCCAAUGCCAUCAUAGACUCCCUAUGUCAGCAUUUACGUAUGGUUGGGGACACUGGGGAGUAUGAUAUGGUCAUUGGGGCCAUUCAGCAGAGGCGAUGUAAUUGGAACCAGGUCCUGCUUAUGCAGCAAUACUUUUCUGUGGCUGAUGUUACGUAUGCACUGCAGCAAGUGGCGUGGAGGAGGCAACAGAGGCCUCUGGAUCCAGUUAAAGUGGGUGCAAAAGAAGUUAGAAAACCUGGUCCCGGAUACCGGUAUGGGCAUAGGUUUGAUCCUGCAAAGGAAGGUUAUAAUUCUAGUGUAGAGUCUUAUAGUCACGAUGGAAAUGCCACGUUUCCCAGAGGCAUGGAGAAAGGGACUCCAACUGUUGUGAAGACUGAAGAACAUAAGUCUGGUAGCAAUGUUGAGAAAGUGGGGGAUAAGGGUUUAGCGUCUGUUGAAGAGAAGAAAGGGAGUGAAUCUGAUUCUGUUGAAAGUCAACAUCAAAGCCAAAGUUUUUCUACCACAGCAAAGACUUUCGUUGGCAAUGAAAUGAUUGACGGGAAGAUGGUGAAUGUGGCUGAUGGACUGAAGUUGUAUGAAGAUUUAUUUGAUAGCACUGAAGUUUCAAACCUUGUUUCAUUGGUCAAUGAUCUAAGGAUUUCUGGGAAAAAGGGACAGUUAGGAAAUCAGGCAUAUGUAGUUUCAAGAAGGCCCAUGAAAGGGCAUGGAAGGGAAAUGAUUCAGUUGGGUGUUCCAAUUGCUGAUGCCCCAGCAGAAGGGGAAAACAUGACAGGAGCCUCCAAAGAUAUGAAUGUGGAACCGAUACCUUCCUUGUUUGAAGAUAUUAUUCAGCGUUUGGUUUCAUCACAAGUAAUGACUGUGAAGCCUGAUUGUUGCAUUGUGGAUUUCUAUAACGAGGGUGAUCACUCACAGCCCCACAGUUGGCCAUCAUGGUUUGGAAGGCCCGUGUAUAUCCUUUUUCUAACAGAAUGUGAAAUGACUUUUGGAAGAUUAAUUGUCUCAGAACAUCCUGGGGAUUAUAGGGGCAGUCUCAAGCUUUCUCUCGCCCCAGGGUCCCUUCUGGCCAUGCAAGGGAAAUCCUGUGAUUUUGCCAAGCAUGCUCUUCCUUCCGUACGCAAGCAACGCAUACUUGUUACCUUCACAAAGUUCCAACCGAAAAAGUCAGUACCAAGUGACGCCCAGCGUCUUUUCUCACCAGCAGCAUCUUCUCAAUGGGGUCCGCCACCAAGCCGAACUCCCACUCAUGUUCGUCAUCCUGUAGGCUCCAAGCAUUAUGCUGCACUUCCAACUUCUGGAGUACUGCCAGCUCCUCCCAUUCGACCACAAAUUCCAGCUCAAGUUGGCAUGCAACCAUUGUUUGUUACUGCUCCAGUUGUACCUCCCAUGCCGUUUCCUGCACCUGUGCCAAUCCCACCUGGUUCUGCUGGAUGGACGACGGCACCUCCUCCAAGAGUCCUUGUUCCUGGCACAGGAGUCUUUCUACCUCCACCAGGGUCCGGCAACUCAUCACAACAGUUAUCAGCUGGUACUUUGGCUGAAGUGAAUCCAAGCAUGGAAACUCCAACCAUGCAAGAGAAGGAAAAUGGGAAAACUAAUCAUAAUAGUACAAGUACUUCACCAAAAGGAAAGGUGCAAAAGCAAGAAAGCAAUGGCCAUACUGAUGGAACUCAAGAUGAACCAGCCCAAGAAUCAUGGCAGGAUAGCAACGACAAAGCUCUGCCGAGCCAUUGAGGUGUAGCGUACAUAGAGAGAGAGGAAAAGCUUAUGAGACGAAGAUGAUAGGGUGUGAACUCAACUUGAGUAUGAGAGAAAUGUAAAGGGCGGCAACACGAGGUGUCAUCAUACUGCUGGAGAGAACAAGGGAAGGAGGUAGAACUUUUGGUUCUAUACUGAUCCUUUCUUUGCUCCAGUCCUUUUUGGUUGUCUUGAAAUAUCAAACUCUUACACGAAGGGAAACGCAUUUUUAAUACUAAUUUUGGUCUUUCCUAUCUUA